UUUAUUCUGAGAAAAAAAAAAUCAAAAAUUUAGCAUUAAAAAGGAAGAAGAAAAAGAGAUAGAUAAAGCGAAUAUACUGUAAUUACACUAUAUGAUGCUUCACUGAAACUAGAGAUGCCAUAAGCCCCUGGCCGGCUGUUCGUCCAAACAUUAAACCCUUUUCUUCUAACAGCUAAUCCUUGAGCCUCCUCGAGCUCUGCCCACUACCCAGUUGUUCUCAAGUGCUUUGUCUUUCUCUCUGUAUCCCUCUCACAUGUAGCCUGAUACAGCCUCUGAAAUCUGAAUGUGUGUGUGCUUAUUUUGGAGUAGAUCACCUGAGUAUGGCACAUUUGCUUUCUACUUCUUCCUCCUUAAAGUUGUCCUCUAGCUGCAGUUCUUACUCUCUGCCGUUGAAUCAACAUGCAACUACAUUCCCUACGUAUUUUACAUUGCGAACUUCCAGACCUCUUAGAAAGCUUGUCUUGCAAGGAGAGAGACCCAAAAGAUGUUGUGUUGUCCAUGCAGCUUCAGUGCCUGUAAGCCAAGAAGCUCCGACCAGAUCCAGCUCCAAUUCCCACCAGACCUCUGGUGAAUCGUUCAAAUCACAGCGGGUCAUGGUCAUUGGUGGAGAUGGAUACUGUGGUUGGGCCACUGCCCUUCACCUAUCCAAGAAAGGUUAUGAAGUUGCAAUAGUUGACAACCUCAUUCGUCGUCUUUUCGACCAGCAACUUGGUCUAGACUCUCUGACCCCUAUCUCUUCCAUCCACAACCGGCUCCGUUGUUGGAAAUCACUUACUGGGAAAACAAUUGAACUCUAUAUUGGUGAUAUUUGUGACUUUGAAUUCUUAUCAGAAACAUUUAAGUCAUUUGAACCUGAUGCUGUAGUCCAUUUUGGGGAACAGCGCUCAGCCCCUUAUUCAAUGAUCGAUCGAUCUAGAGCUGUAUUUACUCAGCAUAACAAUGUGAUUGGAACACUUAAUGUUCUCUUUGCUAUUAAGGAAUUCAGAGAGGAGUGUCAUCUGGUGAAGCUUGGGACAAUGGGAGAAUAUGGAACACCAAAUAUUGAUAUUGAAGAGGGUUAUAUAACAAUCACCCAUAACGGAAGAACAGACACUUUGCCUUACCCUAAGCAAGCUAGCUCUUUCUACCAUCUUAGUAAGGUCCAUGACUCGAAUAAUAUAGCCUUCACUUGCAAAGCUUGGGGAAUUAGAGCUACUGAUUUAAAUCAAGGAGUGGUUUAUGGAGUAAGGACUAAUGAGACUGAGAUGCAUGAAGAACUUUACAACAGGUUUGAUUAUGAUGGAGUAUUUGGAACUGCAUUGAACCGGUUUUGUGUCCAGGCUGCCAUUGGUCAUCCGCUAACUGUGUAUGGGAAGGGGGGCCAGACCAGGGGCUACCUUGACAUAAGGGAUACAGUUCAAUGCGUGGAACUUGCCAUUGCAAACCCGGCGAAGCCUGGAGAGUUUCGGGUAUUCAAUCAAUUCACUGAGCAGUUUUCUGUCAAUGAACUUGCUUCCCUUGUAACAAAAGCAGGAGAGAAGAUUGGGCUAGAGGUGAAAACAAUAUCUGUCCCCAACCCAAGAGUAGAGGCAGAAGAACAUUACUACAAUGCCAAGCAUACUAAGCUCAUUGAGUUGGGACUUAAACCACACCUUCUUUCAGACUCUCUCCUCGAUUCAUUGCUCAACUUUGCAAUAAAGUUUAAGGAUCGUGUUGAUACUAAACAAAUAAUGCCCAGUGUUUCGUGGAAAAAAAUUGGUGUCAAACCAAAGACUGUUGCAGCCUAAUCAAGUGAGCAUGUUUAUGGACGUAAACCUGGGAAGUCAGUUAUCAAAAGCUCAAUGUUCUGUCAUUUCUCAUAAUCUUGUUGUGAUGAACGCUGCAGCCUUUUCAACUUUCCACUAUUAAUGUAAUCCUUAGUUGUAAUAUAUACUAGCUAAUCAUAUCUCUGCCAUUCUCGUGUUCAAAGUUUUGCUGGCAGAGUGUUACUAUUCUAAAUAUUGCCUAGAGAUAAUGCAGUGAUAAGAUAGUGCUAAAAUGUAAUGAUCUUGGCAGAUAUAGAGACCGGGUUUCAUCUCAUUAUUAUUCAUACUCGAGGUUUCGGGAAUUGAUUAA